CUUGUGUUUCACUUUGCUUCUUGUAUUUGUUGGCGAAAGUGAUUUUUCGGUUUGGUUAAUUUUCACGAAUCGCGGAUUUUUGUGCUACUAUAAGUAGAGACUUUGUUUGCAUAUGUGAAUAAUUGAAAACAGGAAACCUUUUCCGAAAAAACAGUACUAUUUCGCGAACAUUAUAGCGAGACACCUUAAUAACUAAGAGAAGACAAAGUGAAAAUUGGUUGAUAUACAUUUGUGAACAAUGGAAAUAGGAUCCCGGACGGUGUGAGGGAUAAAUGUUGGAGUCUGGUUAAAAGACAACGGGGGCGGUAUUGCAGUGCAAAGGGUUUGGCAGACCUCUGUGGCCAAUUCCAAGUUUGUGCUCGACGACAAACAAGAGAAACACUAAAAAAUUCUUGUAGAAUGAUUGGAGGAAUGUAUAAUUUCUUAAAAGUGCAAUAUAUACAUAUAUAUGUAAGUACUUAUAAAUAAAGUUUAGUGGUUUCAUAUGAUUAAAACAACGAAAUUCGCAAAAAUAAGGAUAAUUAAACCAAAAAAGUGAAAUCCGCCCCAAUUCAACCUGCAAAAGCGAUUACUGCGCAGUCGACUGAAACUUUCUGCGUUAAUACUGACGCUGUGGUUACCGGAGACGGUGGUUAAUGUUAACAGAUAAAGUGCGGUUCACCUCUAUCCCUUUACAUCUCACUUUUAAUCCACAACCUAAUAAACGUUUUGAACUUGUGAACUUGCAAGUAAUACUUGCGGGACCUUCAAUAAAUCCAAUAUUCAUUGGAGUUCUGAGUUGAAUUUUUUUCGCGAAUCCAGCAGAUACGAACUGCACAGCAUCAAACCUCACGUUCAGAUUUUAACAGUAAAUCCGACAAAGCGAAAAUUGCACAACCAUUUCUAAAAGAAAAUCUCGUGUAGCUUUAAAAUUAGUUGAUAUAACAGCAUCCAUUUUGGCAGCAACAAAAUCAGCGAAGAGAAUUAAGGAUUUAGCGAAAAAGGGUAGCUUAUUUCUACCGUUCGCCGUAAUCAUUUUAUUUAACCAGCUGAGGUGCACAAUAACACGGUAUACGGGCAAACUGUAACGCCGACAGUCCCGAGAUGGCUUGUUUGAACACAUUAAAAUUGGAAAUAAAAACACUGGAGAAAAUAUUUACAAAAAACCACGAGCGAUUUCAAAUACUGAAUUCUAGUGUUGACGAGUUGACAUGCCGUUUCAUUGGUAAAAACGGGAAGCGUUAUGAUAUUCAUGCAAAUAUUACGGAGACGUAUCCAUCCUCACCGCCCGUUUGGUUUGCUGAGAGUGAAGAGACAAGCGUAACAAAUGCCGUACAAAUACUCAGCAAUACGAAUGGACGUGAUAAUCAUGUUAUAAAUCAGGUUGGCAUAUUGUUACGUGAACUGUGCCGCCUGCACAAUGUCCCACUGCCACCCGAUAUCGAUAACCUCACCAUACCGUUUCAAUUGCCACCCCCAAGUGCGUCACCGCUGCAUCAACAGCCGGCAGCGCAGCAGCAGAUCGAGGACAUCGAUUCGGACCAAGAUGAGGUAGAAGAUCUCAUAUGCGAGAGUGAGCAGGAGAGUGAGGGCGAUGAAGAUCUGCCAUUGGAAAUGGACGACGGACGUAGUGCGAAUAAAGUCGAGAAGGAUGAAAUGGAAGUUGAACACCUGGCCACUUUAGAAAGACUGCGACAAAGUCAAAGACAAGACUAUCUAAAGGGUUCAGUCUCCGGUUCCGUUCAAGCAACUGAUCGUCUCAUGAAAGAGCUACGUGACAUUUACCGCUCCGAUUCAUUCAAAAGUAAUAUGUACUCGAUAGAGUUGGUAAACGAUUCGAUUUACGAAUGGAAUAUACGCCUGAAAUCCGUAGAUCCUGAUAGUCCCUUACACAACGACUUGGCCAUACUUAAAGAGAAGGAAGGCAAGGACAGUAUUCUUUUGAAUAUUAUUUUCAAAGAAACCUAUCCGUUUGAGCCGCCAUUUGUGCGAGUCGUACAUCCAAUUAUAUCAGGUGGUUAUGUACUUGUGGGCGGGGCCAUAUGCAUGGAAUUGCUGACCAAACAAGGGUGGAGUUCUGCUUAUACUGUGGAAGCUGUAAUCAUGCAAAUUGCUGCAACAUUGGUUAAAGGCAAAGCCAGAAUACAAUUUGGUGUUACGAAGGCCUUAUCACAGGGACAGUACAGCUUGGCGCGUGCACAGCAGAGCUUUAAGUCGCUGGUGCAGAUACAUGAGAAAAACGGCUGGUUUACACCGCCAAAAGAAGAUGGCUAAGCGGACAAGCAACAGAGUGCAUCAUAUUUUUCUCUACCCUAGAAUAGCCUAUAGUUCGUCAUACAUAUUAAUAAACGUUUUUAUCAUUUCCUUGGUAAAAAAAAAGAAGCAAAAUAAAUAGAUCUUAUAAAUAUACUUAAUUAUAGUUGAUAUGACACCCAAACAAAUCUAUCCAUGUACACAUAAAAGGCACUAAGCGUAUAAGAAAACUAGAAAAUGUUAGUAAUCAGAUUAAGAGGUGGAAGUAAAUAAUCGUAAAAAAGUAAAAAACACUUGGCAGGAAAGCGAAAAUAUUACACACAGAUACAUAGUUUCGAUGAAAACUCUUUGUAAACAAAUAUUGUUGUAAUGGAAGCGUAUGAUACCCACUAAGUUAUUUGACGUAAAUGAAUCUGAAAUACAUCACUUGUAAAUGAACUAAAUGUUUUUUACAAACAAAAAACAUUUAUUUAUCAUCUGUGAAUAGACGUUAGAAUAAAUAUUAUAUAUAUAUGUAUAUAUAUAUAUAUAUACAAAUAUGUAUGUAUGUACAUAUGUAAAAGCAUGUUUCAAAAGCAAAAUCUUCAAUGUUUCAGUUUUUUUUUUAUGUAAAAGUAAAAAUUUUUUCAAUUUAAAUUCAACAUUUCUAACUACAGUUGAAUGGCUUAAUGGCCUGUUUUUGUUAUUUAAUACAUUUAAUUUGUUUGUUGCAUCAGCUAAAAUGAAUAUAGAAACACAAUAUAUAAUUUUUUGUAUAAAUAAAAAAUGAAAUAUUACUAUUCAUUUAUUCCUAUGUGUAUAUAUGCAUGUUUGUGGAUACAUAUAUUUAGUUGCACUUUUACACAGCCACAAAUAAAAAUCAGUCUUUUGUUUGUUUAUGUUUCGUUUACUAAUUUUCCUGUACUAAAAAAAAAUUAAAAGAAAAGUAUGUAUAUUGUAGUGCCGUACAUGCAUAUGUAUGUGAAAUUAUUUAUUUAUAAAAAUGUAAAAAUAUUAAAAAAAAAAAAAUUGAAUAAACAUAAGUGUAUGAAAUAGAUUUACAAUAAAAACUAAAACCGCCAAACUUGUAUUGUGCUUAAGUUCCAUCUGUAGCUGAUUUGCAACAUAUAAACACAUUAAUACAUCCUAACUUUCGUUUUUUGCCGUUGAAAUUACAUUAAACAAAAAGUAAGCAAAAACAUUCAAAUUCCUUAUUCAUUCAAACUAUGCAAUUCAUUUUUAUUAUGCACAAUAAAUGCGAUCUGUAUUGUAUUUUAUUGUCUUUGAAACAAGAAGCAGAGUUUUGAUUUGUCAGAGCAUUAAAGUUGAAUAACUACAUACAAUAAAUGCAAUACAGUGAAA